AUGUUUUCAGUUUGUCGACAGUUUUAUUUCAGCAAAGUCACUUUUGUCGCUCUACCCAGCAAAUAUCAGAGAGCAUUACACCAUGAGUCAAGACACAAAAUUGAAAAAAUAAAAUUAAGAGAGCCUUUCGCUGUCGUUGCUGGGAACUUGCCGAAGACAGCUUUGAAUGGUGAACAAGCUUUCAAUUUUUUGAAUGAUGAUGCCAAAGUUUUUAUUCACGGCGGCGCAGCUACACCUACAAUACUUAUUUCGGAAUUUUAUAACUAUGUGAUGGCUAAAAAGCUGAAGAAUAUAUCGGCUUACCACAUUCAUACAGAGGGACCCUUUCCAAUUAUCAAUCCUGAAGCAAGUAGUCACGUCCGAUCUGUGUCGCUUUUCACAGGCAGCAAUUGUAGAGAUCCAAUCAAGAGUGGAAGAGCCGAUUAUGUUCCUAUAUUUUUGAGUGAAAUACCACUCCUAUUUCGCAGAAAUAUCAUAAAACUCGACCUAGCAUUACUAAAUAUCAGUCCUCCGGAUGUUAACGGGUAUUGUUCUCUUGGUCCAAGUGUAGAUGUUACUCGUGCUGCUAUUGAGUCGGCUAAGCACCUCGUUGGUCAAAUAAAUCCGAGCUUACCGGUCACUUCUGGAGAUGCUCAUGUACACAUAAGUAACUUCACGUCGAUCAUCCACGGAGAUAUGCCUUGUCACUUUAUGAAUCCACGACAAAUGACCGAAGUUGAAGAUAAAAUCGGCUCAUUGAUUGCAGAUAACCUAAUCGACGAUGGUGCCACUCUGCAAACAGGUAUUGGGGCAAUUCCAGAUUCAGUCUUAGAUAAGCUUUCCAACCAUCGAAACUUAGGAGUUCACACAGAAAUGUUCUCAGAUGGAAUUAUUAAACUAGUUGAAAAUGGUGUUAUAACAAAUGCGAACAAGGUAGUACGUCCAGGGAAAGUUGUCACGAGUUUUGUCAUUGGUACAGAGAAUGUUUUCAAGUUUUUACAUGAUAACCCAUUGAUUGAAUUCCGUGAUGUGGCCUGGGUUAAUUCGCCUUUUGUAAUAGCCCGAAAUCCAAAACCGGUUUCCAUUAAUUCAUGCAUUGAAGUUGAUCUAACUGGCCAAAUUGUAUCCGAUUCUGUUGGCAGUAGAAUCUACUCAGGAUUUGGUGGUCAAGUUGACUUCAUCCGCGGGGCUGCAAUAGCUGAAGAUGGUUUAGGCAAACCUAUAAUUGCUCUUCCAUCUACGACAAAACGUGGUGAAAGUAAAAUUUCUCCAUGUCUUAAACCUGGUGCCGGUGUUGUAACAUCUCGAGCUCAUGCUCACUAUGUUGUCACCGAAUAUGGUAUCGCCUAUUUAUUUGGACGUAGUUUAAGGCAGCGCGCACAUGCUCUUAUUCAGAUUGCUCAUCCAGAUCACAGAGAAUCAUUAGAAAAGGCAUCAUUUGAACAACUCAAAGUAAUUCCAUCAGCUGAUUAG